CCCAAAAUAAUUUACUGCAUUUAAUUUUCGAGUUUUAUUUUUAUUUUUCCAGAAUUAAUUUUCGUUCUGAUUUCACAUCAUUCUAUUUGCUCUAAUUUACACAUUUGACUCAAUUUACACUUUUUAUGGAUUUUUUCGAUUUUUGAUGUUUUUCCAGCUGAUUUCUACUGACGUCAUCUCUCUGUGCCUGCUUGCUGCGGGUCAUUGUAAUCUUGAUUCAGUCCCACCGGGCCUCAGUCUGCAUGGACAACAUGAACUCCUUUGUGGAAUACUCCAUUUGUAACAGACCGGGCACCGGCGCCUACUCUGCGCCCAAAUCUUCACACCACCUCCACCAUCAUCUUCCUCACCAUCACCUUCCUCUGGACCAGCAUCAAAGCUUCCCGGUGACCUCUGCCAGCUUCCACACGGGACCCGCUUGCUCCUCAUCUCCCGUUAAUGGGACAAGAAGUGACAGCACGAUGUACACCGGGGAUGGUCGGCUGUACGGGGGCACCGGAGCGGGAACCGGCGGUGGAGGAGUGGAUGGGGCCUCUGGGUCGACCCAGCAUCAUCAGCAACGUCCACAUCAUCAUCAUCAUCAUCAUGAACAACAACAGCAUCAGCAGACGCACAACGGCUACCAUCCUCAUCCUCAUCUUCACCAAACCCAAAGCUUACAGAGCGGAAUAUUACAGCCCUAUAGUACCGGGAAUAACGGAAACUCUGGGGCCUACGCGGGUCAGGCAUGCGCCACAAACUCGGAGUAUGUUCCCGCGACGGGCCCCACCAACACCGUUCACCCUCAGUACUUCAUGGAUGAGUCUGUGGCCUCCUCUUACUAUCAUCAAUCAACCUUCCCCAGCUCGGCGCCCAGCUACGGGGCCCUGGCCGGAGCCUACUGCGGGCCUCAGGGCGCUCUGGCUGGGUCACAGUACCCGCAGCAGCUCGGCGGGGGUCUGGAUGCAGCGGGCUACUUAGGGCUUCCGCACGGGGGAGGUUACGGGGAACUGCCCGUGUCUCAGGACCGAGAGAGGGGCGAUGAGGAGGGCCAGCAGGCCGGGCAGGGGCAGACCUUCGACUGGAUGAAGGUGAAGAGGAACCCGCCCAAGACAGUCAAAGUGUCGGACUUCGGCCUCGCCGGCGCGCACAACAACGCCAUGCGCACCAACUUCAGCACGCGGCAGCUGACGGAGCUGGAGAAGGAGUUCCACUUCAGCAAGUACCUGACGCGGGCACGGCGCGUGGAGAUCGCCGCCACGCUGGAGCUGAACGAGACGCAGGUGAAGAUCUGGUUCCAGAACAGGCGCAUGAAGCAGAAGAAGCGCGAGCGGGAGGGCGCGUCCGCGUGCACGGCUCGCUCCUCCUCCUCCGGUACCGGCAGCGGCUGCAACAAGGACCUGGAGGACACCGACCACUCCUCCGCGUCCACGUCCCCAGGCGCGUCCCCGAGCUCAGAGACAUAAUGGGAGCCAGUGAGGUGACUGGUGACCUACAGUCUAGUGCUCAGUGAUCCGUUAUUUGAUACAUUCCUCCUGAUGUAGCCUGCUACAUAAAAACUACAGACCAUCAUGCAAAGGAAUCACACCUACCCGUGAGCCCUCAGUAAUCAUGAGUCAGACCACACCCAUCUUCAAACUCAGCUCUCACCUGUAAAGCUGUGAAGUGACGACCACGUGCACUAACACUGUGACAAAGGUGAAAACAAUACCAGUCACACUUUCAUGGCUGGUAAUCACUCCUCUAAUAAUCAGCCCGUCUCCUCUAGCCUUUACUUGAGCUUUAGUUACUGAUCUCCUGCAUGUCCCACAACUUCACCUGGACUUUUUAUAUCCUUAGUUUUCCAUGUAGGUAGAGAGAAGACAUUUAGAUCCAGAAAAAACACAUCAUCUUUUCUUCAUCAAACUCGCUGCCUCUGUGGCUCAAAACGAUUAAUCAGUUGUUUUUUUUAAGGAGAGUAAAAUGGGGUUUUUCCCCAUAUAUAUUUGAAUUAAAGUGACCUACGAAAACAAAACUAUGUUAUAUGGUUGUUGAUGCAGAAUACACUAAUAAAUCAAAUACACUCAGGUCAUAACCUUCACUGUCAGGUGUCACAAGCCAUGAUGGUUGGUAACCGCUGCCUUAAUGGACCCGAGAAGCUGGUGGUAGUUGAUGAAUUAUUCCUGAGCAAAAACCUUAGUUUUGUUUGGGACGGACACGCUGUUUAUUUUGCAGAUUUUUGCCUGAAUUGGGAAGUGGGGAGCUGUUUUUAACAGUAAAACGAUCUACACAGUAUCUGCUGUACAGGGUGUUAAUGGAUCCUUCCACUGUGAUGAUGAUAAGAUGCACUAUGGCGUCUGUAAAUGAUGUCUGAAUUACAGGGUGAUACUUAGUGGUGGCUUUUCACCUGCUUGAUUUGUUGUUGUUUUUUUUCAUUCUGCCAUUUAUUGAGGUGAACACGGACAAAACUAUUGAAUAUAUAAAAAGACAAGCUGUGGUAGAUCCUACACUUAUGAGCCUUAUGAUCAGGAAUACAGGGAAAACAUACUUUUAUCUAAUGUGGUUGUACUGUAGCUGUUUAUGUUCCACUUUAUUAUUUUUGAAUAUUGGAAUGUUUCUAUGUGUAUGUUUGUUCUCUGGCUUUUGCACUAUGUGACUACAGGGAGACGUUCAGACAGAGCUGAUGGUCAGGGUCUUCAAUCGUCCAGGUUUCAUGGUUUCACAUAACUGGGACAAAGAAGCUCGGAAACGCUACAUGAGACAUGGCACAAGGCUGUGAUGCCUUUACAGACACUGGUUGAUUUUGGAUGUGUGUGUAUGUGUGUGUGUGUGUGUUGGUGUGUGUGUGUGUGUGUGUGUGCAGGGGGUCAUGAUUAAAGAAAACUACUGAAGAAAUGCUGAGGCCUGUGAAACACACGCCUCCUUCCUGAGGAGGAAAAGUGGGCGAUUUAUAUUUUACUGCCUGUCCCUUUCCCCGUGAGAAUAAAUUAUUGGAUCCAUUUUAUGUUAUUGAUUGUAGAUUAUGGGAAACAGUGUGUGUAUGAAUGGGGUGUUUCCCCCUCGGGUAAAGUUUUGUUGCUACUGCUGAAGGUCACAAUACUUUAAACCUGACAAAAUUACAAUAUGGAAGUGAUUUUACCCCUAAAUAUGACAAAACCUGACGUCUGCAAAUUCAACAAAUGGUUAAAAAUAUUCAAGGACGUGUCAGAACAUUUCUUCAGUCUGUACUUCACAUAUAUACAGUGGCAAACUACACGUUUCCUUCCUCAAAAACAGACUGUCAUCAUUUAGGAGUAAAUCUCAGGUGUAAUAUUGUCAGCUGAAAUGUUUGGCCUGGACUGUGAACUGUUGUGACUGGUGUUUUUUUUUUUUUUACAAUGUCUGCUGUUUUUAAAUGAGGACAGACUGACUGAGUUUUAUUAGUUCUGCUGCCUUAACACUCCAAUCAUGUUCCUGUCUGUCUUUUUCUACUUCAGCCUACCUCAAGUAAAGAUGAU